AUGUCUGUCACCGUCGCUGAGCUUGACGCCACCGUCAAAGCCUUCCAAGAAGGCAAGGGCGAAAUUCAAAAGCAGGCUCAGCAGAAGCUCAAUGAAUUCAAGUCGAAUCCUGACGCUUGGUUGAUGGUGGACAAGAUCUUACAAGAGGCCUCUUACUUGCCAACAAAAUACUUGGGUCUGCAAGUCCUGGACGAUGUCGUCAACACUCGAUGGAAAGUCCUACCGCGAGAUCAGUGCUUGGGUAUCCGCAACUUCGUCGUCGGCCAGAUUCUGUCCUCAUCAGAGACUGAAGAAGCCCUCAAGACCAACAAGCUCUUCAUCAACAAGCUUGAUCUCACCCUCGUCACCAUCCUCAAGCAAGAAUGGCCCCACAACUGGCCUACCUUCAUCAACGAAAUCAUUUCAGCAUGCCACACUGGCCUGUCAGUCUGCGAGAACAACAUGACUAUUCUGCGCUUGCUGUCUGAAGAAGUUUUUGAUUUCUCUCAAGAUCAAAUGACCUCGACCAAAGCUAAGAACCUCAAGACAACCAUGUGCGCCGAGUUCUCCUCAAUCUUUCAACUUUGUAACGAAGUCCUCACCACCGCAAACUCAAUCACCCUGGUCAAGGCCACUCUAGAGACCUUACUUCGAUUCCUGAACUGGAUCCCUCUUGGUUUCAUCUUUGAGACAAAACUCAUCGACACCCUGGUCUCUCGCUUCCUCGAGGUUGACCAGUUCCGAAAUAUCGCUCUCAAAUGCCUUACUGAGAUUGGUGGCCUGCAACUCGGUCAGCAGUAUCAAUACGAUGAUAAGCUGGUACAGAUGUUCACCGAGACCCUGACUGUUGUCGCCCGUACCUUACCUCUUGAUACCGACUUCCGUGAGGCAUAUGCAAAAGCUGGCCCUAGAGAACAAGAGUACAUUCUCAACCUCGCAAUAUUUCUCUGCAAUUACUUCUCGGUCCAUCUUCAAACCAUUGAACGACUUCCAAAUGCUGACUAUCUUCUCCAUGGUCACUUCUAUCUUAUCAAAAUAAGUUUGAUCGAUGAUCGAGAGAUUUUCAAGAUUUGUCUGGAGUACUGGACGAAGUUGGUCCAAGAACUCUAUGAGGAAAUGCAGCAGCUCCCCAUUACUGAACUCAAUCCCUUGGUCAGCAUGGGCGGAUUGACCAACGGGGGAGCACCUCAUCCAAGUACUCUAGCAAACUACCCACUUCGCAAACACAAGUACUCGCAAAUCCUCACCAGCCUCAGGCAAGUCAUGGUUGAAAAGAUGGUGCGACCAGAAGAAGUUCUCAUUGUGGAAAACGACGAGGGCGAAAUCGUUCGAGAAUUUGUCAAAGAGAGCGAUACCAUUCAACUUUACAAAACUACACGUGAAUGCCUGGUGUACCUGACUCACUUGGACGUUGUUGAUACCGAGAACAUCAUGUCGGACAAAUUGCAGCGGCAAGUGGAUGGAUCAGAAUGGUCAUGGAACAACUGCAACACUCUCUGCUGGGCCAUUGGUUCGAUAUCUGGUGCGAUGAAUGAGGACACAGAGAAACGUUUCUUGGUAACGGUGAUCAAAGACCUCCUCGGACUGACCGAAAUGAAGCGAGGCAAAGAUAACAAGGCUGUGGUGGCCAGCAACAUCAUGUACAUCGUGGGCCAGUACCCUCGCUUCCUGAAGGCGCACUGGAAAUUUCUGAAAACCGUGGUCAACAAACUAUUCGAAUUCAUGCACGAAACUCACGAAGGUGUCCAAGACAUGGCUUGUGAUACCUUUAUCAAGAUCGCAAACAAGUGCAAGCGUCACUUUGUUGCACUUCAGCCGGGUGAGACCGAACCUUUCAUUGAUGAGAUUGUCCGUAACAUGCGGAAGAUCACGAUGGACCUGAGCCCGCAACAAGUACACACCUUUUAUGAGGCCUGUGGCUAUAUGAUAUCUGCACAGGGACAGAAGAGUGUACAAGACCGACUGAUUGAUAAUCUCAUGUCAUUCGCAAAUACUGCCUGGGACAGUAUCAUUGCGCAGGCCAACAGCAACCCAGCGAUACUUCAGGACGCUGAAACCAUCAAAGUUGUCGGUAACAUCAUGAAAACCAAUGUUGCUGCUUGCUCGUCAAUUGGAAGCUAUUUCUACUCUCAAAUCGGACGCAUUUAUAUGGAUAUGCUCAAUAUGUACCGAGCAUCCAGUCAACUGAUAUCCGAUUCGGUAGCAUCAGGAGGUAAUGUCGCAACGAAGACCCCUAAAGUUCGUGGUCUACGGACUAUCAAGAAGGAAAUCCUCAAGCUUGUUGACAUCUACGUGCAGAAAGCAGAUGACUUGCAGAUGGUCAAUGACAGCAUGGUACCACCACUGUUGGAUGCCAUUUUGUUGGACUAUCAGCGCAAUGUACCUGAUGCUCGAGAUGCCGAGGUUCUGAGUGUGACCACCACGAUCAUUCACAAGCUACAUGUACGUUGGACCCCAAGAAGAUCUCGGCACCUGGUCAGAGAUGGCUCUACUAGUCAAAGCAGCAUUGCUAACGUUUUCCAGAACCUUAUGGACGACAAGAUUUCCCCUAUCAUGGACAGCAUCUUUGAAUGUACGCUUGAUAUGAUCAACAAGGACUUCCAUGACUACCCUGAAUUCCGUGUCGAAUUCUUCAAACUUUUGCAGGCUAUCAACCUGUUCUGCUUCCCAGCACUACUGAAAUUGGAUGGGAGACAGUUUAAGUUUGUGAUUGAUUCUUGCAUGUGGGCCAGUAAGCACGACAAUCGCGAGGUUGAGAAUACCGGUCUUUCUAUGUGCCUCGAGCUCAUCAACAAUAUGGCCGAUACCGAUCCCCAAACUGCGGGUGUCUUCUUCCAACAAUUCUACAUCUCUAUCCUCCAAGACGUUUUCUUUGUCCUUACCGACUCUGAUCACAAGGCCGGAUUCAAGUCACAAUGUAUGCUUCUUGCUCGUAUGUUUCAGCUUGUGGAGGCAAACAGAAUUUCACAACCGUUGUAUCAACCCGACCAAGCCGCUCCUGGGACAUCAAACAAGCAAUUCGUCAGCGAGUUCACCGGUAAUCUCCUACAGCGGGCGUUCCCCAAUCUCAAAGAAAUCCAAAUUCAGCACUUUGUUAAUGGCUUGUUUGCAUUGAACGAGGAUGCUACCAAAUUCAAGACUCAUCUUCGAGACUUUUUGAUCUCACUCAAAGAAUUUGCCGGGGACAAUGCUGAGCUCUACGCAGAGGAGCGAGAGCAGGAGAAGAAAGACUUGGCAGAUGCGGAACGUCAGCGCAAUAUGAAGGUUGGAGGUCUUAUCAAACCUGCAGACCUGGACCAAGAUGAUGAGUUGUGA